AUGGUGAAGGAAGUGGGGGAUGGGCCAGGAUGGAAAUUUACGGGCUUCUAUGGGCAUCCAGAAGUGGCAAAGAGAAAAGAGUCGUGGGCUUUACUUCGCCAUCUCUCUUCGUAUAUGCCAUUGGCAUGGUUGAGUAUGGGAGAUUUUAACGAAAUUCUUAAUGAUGAGGAGAAAAUUGGGGUUUGUCGACAACCCAGAUGGCAAAUGGAGGCUUUUCGUGACGCUAUCGAGGGGUGCCGGUUGGAUGAUCUUGGUGCGGUGGGACAUAAAUUCACGUGGAGUAAUGGUAAAAAGGACAUCCAUUUCACGAUGGAACGUCUUGACCAAGCAUUGGCAAAUGAGGAAUGGCAGGAUUUGUACCCAAUCUGUAGGGUGGAAACUCUUGCUACAUGUGCGUCAGAUCAUGCCUCGGUGUUAAUUAGUUUCACAAAAACUGCUCCACGCCGGCGUCGAAGGAAAAAGAUAUUUAGGUAUGAAUCUGCUGGGCAUAAAAGUAAGUCACAUAAAGAAGUAAUAAAACAGGUGUGGAGGGUAAAACAGAAAAAUGGAGAAGGUCGGAGCAAGGUCAUGGGUAAAUUGGAGGAUUGUAAAAAUUCUCUUCUCCAAUGGAAAAGAGAGAACAAAAAUCUUUCAAACGACAUCCUUAAACAAACCAUGGAGAAAAUUCUGGAAUUGCAAGGGGAAGAGGAAGAAUGGGAUUUCGAUGAAAUAAGGGCACUAAAAUUAAAGGCGAAUGAUCUUAUGGAGGAAGAAGAGCUGAAGUGGCAACAACGUGCGAAAGCAGACUGGCUCAAGCAUGGAGACAAAAAUUCUAAAUUUUUCCAUGCUUGUGCCUCACAAAGGAGACGGGCAAACAAGAUCUCAAGUAUAAUUGAUGAUGAAGGGGCUAUAUGUGAUCAAGAUGACUCUGUUGCAGCAGCUUUUAUUUCCUACUUCAAAGGGAUUUUGUCAACGUCUUGUCCCACUGGGUUGGAGGAGGCGCUUGAGUUUUUACCCCGGAGAAUUACAGCAAAGAUGAAUGCCGACUUGGAGAGGGACCUUACUUUUGAGGAGGUUAGCACGGCUCUGAGUCAAAUGGCGCCCUUAAAAUCACCCGGCCCGAACGGAUUUCCUGCGGGUUUUUUUCAAGAUAAUUGGACUGUCGUGGGAAAUGAGGUAUUUUUGGCUUUAAAAUUUUUUUUCUCUUCAGAAUUUAUAAAUGUUGAAGUAAACUCUACUUUCAUUGCCCUUGUACCCAAAAAACCAAACUCUACUAAGGUUUCAGACUUUCGACCUAUAUCUUUGUGCAAUGUCUUGUAUAAACUUUUGGCUAAAGUUCUAGCAAAUAGGUUGAAAGUUAUUCUCCCCAAUAUUGUCUCUAGCAAUCAGUCAGCGUUUAUCUCGGGUCGGCUGAUCUCGGACAACAUUUUAGUGACAUAUGAAACCUUACACACCAUGCAUUCUAGGAUGUAUGGUCGUAUGGGUUACAUGGCCCUAAAACUUGAUAUGAGUAAAGCAUACGGCCAGGUGGAGUGGAUUUUUUUGGAAAAGGUGAUGGGAAAGAUGAGUUUUUCUGAAAAAUGGGUUAACAUGGUGAAUUUCAAACCUUCAAGAGCCUCACAACGCUGUGAUACUUACUUGGGUCUUCCCGCUCUUGUGGGAAAAACUCGAGUGAGGGAAUUUCAAUUUUUGAAGGAUAAGGUGAAGAGGAGAGUGUCUGAUUGGAAAACAAAAUUGCUUUCACAAGCUGGGAAGGAAGUGUUACUCAAAGCGGUGGUGCAGGGCAUACCUACGUAUAGUAUGAGCAUUUUUUUACUUCCAAAAGAGCUUUGUAAGGAGUUAAAUAAGAUGAUGCAACAAUUUUGGUGGGGCCACUCGAAGGAGGCACACAAAAUCCACUGGAUGAGUUGGGAAAGAAUGAGUAUGGCAAAAGCUAACGGAGGAAUGGGUUUUAGAGAUAUUGUGUGUUUCAAUAAAGCACUAUUGGCGAAACAGAGUUGGAGAUUAAUGCAAAAUCCAGAUAGUUUGGCUGCCAAGGUUAUCUCGGCGAAAUAUUUUCCUCGGGGCUCUUAUAUGACUGCAAAGAUUAGGAAUAAGCCCUCUUAUGCUUGGCGGAGCAUUUUAGCAGGUAGGGAACUGUUCCAGGAGGGGAUCUUUUGGAGGAUUGGAGAUGGCCGCUCAGUGUCCAUUUGGAGAGAUAAGUGGCUUCCUCGUCUGACAACUUACUCCAUUCAGACACCAUGUAGAAUUCUGCCCGAGGAAGCAAAGGUGGCUGAAUUGUUAGAUACAAAUCCUAUACAGUGGAAGAAGGCCUUGAUUCGGGAUAUCUUUAGUGAGGUGGAGGCAGAAAUCAUUUGCAAUAUACCUGUUAGCAGCUACCAACUACCGGAUAAAAUGAUCUGGUACCCCACAAACUCCGGGGAAUUUUCUGUAAAAAGUGCGUACCACAUUGAGAAGGAGCGCCAAAAUAGAAAGAAUGGAGAGGGUUCUAACCAAGAAAGAGGAAAGGAGGUCUGGAAGACUCUUUGGAGUUUCAAGGAUGAAAGAGGCCACGUUCUAGUAGCAAAAAAUCAGACGAUCCAUGCAAUCCAUGAACUUGUCACGGGCGAAGCCCUUGCAGCUUUACACGCAGCUGAAUUCUGUCGGGAGUUAGGCUUUUUCGAGAUUCUGCUAGAGGGAGAUUCGAUGUUGGUAGUCAAGGCCAUUGGGGGGAAUACCCAAAACUGGUUAAAGUAUGGGCAAAUCGUGGAAGACACCAAUAUGGUUCUGAGAUCCCUCCGACAUUGGAAGAUAGGCCAUGUCAAGCGUAAAGCAAACGAAGCGGCUCAUGUAUUGGCAAAGGAGGCAGUUAGGACGGUUACAGACAAUAUUUGGAUUGAGGAAAUUUCAGCUUGUAUUUUCAAUAUUGUUCUUUUAGAGCUUAAUGCUCUUUUUUCGUAG